AGGGUUGUUCUUGACCUUAGCAGGGACAUGCUAAACAAGAACCACCAUCUGUACAUGGACAACUUCUUCUCCAGCCCUGCCCUCUUCACCAGGCUGCUUCAGGAUGGUAUAUAUGCUUGCGGUACUGUGAGGGCAACUCGACAGGGAUAUCCAAAGGAGCUGCAGAAAGGUUGUGUGAAGAAGAAGGGAGACCAUUUGUCUAUGCAGAAGGGACCCCUCAGCACAUCUGCUUGGUUUGACAACAAACAAGUAAAUUUCUUAUACACGAAUGUAGACGCCACAAAACUUAGUGAGGUAAGCCGGAAGAAGAAAGACGGCACAACACAUGUCUCCCUGGCACCUGAAGCAGUUCAGCUCUACGGUUCGCGUAUGAAUGCGGUCGAUAGGGCGGAUCAGCUCAGGAUGCAGUACUCCUGCAGUAGGAAGUCACUCAAAUGGUGGAAGUACCUUUUCUACUUCCUGCUGGAUACCGCCAUUGUCAACUCCUUUUUGCUUAUGAAGGAGUCUCCGAAUCACAAGCUAACCACACGGACUGGAAAGGAAAAGAUAAGGACACAGAUCAGUUACAGACAGGAACUGGCUCGUCAGUUGAUUGGGGAGACCAGGGUCACCAGGAAGAGGAAGGCACAGCCAACAACAAUGGAUACAACUGGACACCAGCACUGGCCGGAGAUUCUGAACAAAAAGGGAAGAUGUCGACAGUGUUCGAAAUCAGGCAGACGCCGGGAAGUGAUUUCCGGAUGUUCACAUUGCAAUGUGAAACUGUGUGUUGGAUGCUUUAAAGACUACCACCAAUCACUAUUAAAUGAAUUGUAAAUAUGUACAAUCAAGAUUAUUGGUCACAAAUUUGA